GUUCGAAGAGAAUGACGUCCUCGUGAUGACUGUGCCAAAAGCUGGCACCACUUGGACUCAAGAGGUCGUCUGGACCAUGAGGAAGAACCCCAACCUUGAUAACCCGACCAGCAGUCUUCCUCUCCACGUGCGAUCUCCCUAUCUCGAAGGUGAUAUUCUUGCUGAAGGACUAAGCGUCGAAGAGAAGGGAGGUUUUGCUGAGGUCACGAAGCAGCAGGGCAAGGAUCCCAACAAGGGCGUGUUCCUCAACAUCGCAAGGGUCGCGGAGAGACCUCGAAUUUUCAAAACACAUCUCUCCUUCUCCUUUAUCUCUGACACGGCGCUCUCAAAGGCAAAGAUUGUGUACACUAUCCGCGACCCUAGAGACCUCUGCCUCUCGUAUCACCAUCAUAUGCGCCUCUUCAAAAAUGAAGGAUACACUGGAAGCCUCGAUCAAUACGUCGAUGCAUUCCUUGAAGACUCAGCAACGAGACAAGAACCAGUCGAUUUCAUGGACGAAGUGUACCCCUAG